UAAUAAAGAUACGUGAGACAAGAAAAAUGGUAAGGAGAGCGAAAACAAAGUCGAAGACUGAAAAGGUAACGAUAAAUAUUCGUAAUCACGGUACUAUUGUAUGUUAUAUUGGUACAUACAUCUUUUUAUUAUUGCAGAUAUUGAAAACAUCGGAAUCACAGUUUCGCGAAAAGGAGAGACAAAUAAUAGUCGAUAAAUUGCGACAAAUAACGGUAUCUCACGCAUAUAAUAAUCCGAAUAAUUCGGAUCGUUCGGUGCUACCUUGUGCAAGUAACAUAGCGCAAACAUCUCCAAGAGGAAACUCUCGGUUAGUUCACGCAAACAAUCCUGGCAGUAAUGUUGCGUACGAGGAUUACACAUGCUAUCGUUGUAAACAUUUUCUUGAACCACGUAACUUGUCUUUACCGUUUUGUGAGACUAAGCCUGCCUUCAUCGGACGAUGCGAGGUUGAGUUGAAUUUCGUUCAAGCCAUAGUCUGGCUGAAAUCCACCAUUGCCUCCGUGUCUCAAGUAUCAGUCGAACAAUUGCAACAGAUAUUUAACAGACAAUGGAAUGCACCUGAUGCGUUAAAUUCUUCAGUUAUUUCUAAUUGGUCAUGUGAUGCACCUCAAGAAACAAUUCGUCAGUCACGCUCCAUUUUGGAAGAUGUGCAAAGCGAGACACUUAACAUUGCGCCAACGGACAAUUCAAGCGACUUGCUCGUGGAUGACACCUUCAUGUCAGAGAUAUGUACGAAUUAUACCGCAGAAAAUGAAGGAAAAAACGAUUCUUCGUCCUGUGUAAUUCCGGAAACAGACGAGGAAUAUUCAUCGAGUUUGAAAGAUCUAUUUCAAAGCUCUUGUGCGUUCAGUUACGCGUCCGAUGGUCAAACGGAGAUGGAACUUGAGGAAGACGCGGGAUGUUCAGUGAAUCUUAUAUCGAAAAGUCACAUCGGAACAAAUAAAGAAGCUGUUGACGAAGUGAAUGCCUAUUUCGCUGAGGGACAGCAUGUCGAUGCUUCAAGUAACCGUAAAUCCGUUUCAUUAUCCAGGAAUGAAUCUAUCAAAUCGACUCUCGCCUUGGACUACUACAGCGGAGAGUCAUUAAUAGCGGAGAGUCAGUGCAGUUUGGUUGACAAGUUCCCUUUGACGCCUGGCUGCAAUUCUAACGAUCUUGUCAUAACUCAAAUUGACGCUCUCUCUCAGAUCAGCAACGUGACAGUUUGCCAGGAAAGUAUCACUAAUUAUCUGACCGAUGAAAUACGACUGAUGUCCCCAAACGUCUACGAUGAUGAUACCUUCGGGUUUCGAAUCGACGAUGUCGGCUGCAGUGCGCGGAUGAACAAAGUAACUCUGGAAAAUCUGAGGAACGACAGUGCGUACAGCACCGAUGCACUUAAUUACGAAAUCACGGCAAGGUGUACUGACGACGAGUGCACGUCGAGGACCGACACCGAAUUUCAUUCCAAAUUGCAGUCUUGCAAAAGGGAGACUAUCACGCACAAACAUGUUGCAAACUCUCUGUCUGUACUACGACCGAGAAAAACGUAUAAGAGACGAUCUUCCUCUUUGCCAGAAAAAUAUGAACCGAAAUGUUUAAAGAACUCGUCGAGGGAAGAGGGAGUAGGGGUGGAAGGAUCGAUUUCUGCUAAUUGGUUGAAUUUCACUCUGGAGUCGCUGAACGUCGAACACGUAAUUAUCGAAUCGCUCAAGGUAAUUGUCUUGGUGCUCUGCGACGAGAGAACGGCGAGCGAUUAUGUAACGCGAAGAUGCUGGAAGGAUACUCUGGAAGAGGAAGCUGUGAAUGCGGCGCUUAAUGUGUCUGACAUUCUUAUAAUGGAGAGGAAACCCAACAUAUGCGCAAGAGAAAUCAUGACGGCGAUAAUCGAAUCUUUGCACGAGAUUCUAACAUGUAAACGAUUAUAUCAGACACCCAUGUUGAUGUAUCGCGUGCAAAUAAUUUUGCAAUUGUGUAAUUCAUUAUCAAUUUGCGUCGGGAUAAUCGAUCAUUUGAUUUUAGUAAAAUUAAAAUCGUUCCAGUCUGCACUGAUUAGGCACACAAGAAAUAUUUGGCAGAACAGUUCUGCCGAACAUGCCGUGAUAAAUCAGUUGCAUCUUUUGUUUUACGCGCUAAAUAUCGCGAUACAAAAAUAUCGCAUAAUCGUACCGAGAGAUCAAGAAUCCCGAAUUACGAAAAACACGAUACCUCAUGUCGCAGAUUUAUGGAAAAGGCAUUAUAUCAGUAUCGAUGACCUUGAAUGUAUGAGCUUGAAUCUGGAUAUUAAGAGGACGCGAUGGUUAAAUGAAUUGGAAAAUUUUACAGCAGUAUCUAUGAGAAAUUAUGUAGAAUUCGCCGAAAAAUCACGGUCUCUGUUCCACAUGCUUACAUCGUAAUAAUAUACUUGCGUAAUAUAAUUAUAAUGUAAUAUAAUUAAUAUAUUUCAUACUUAAGUCAUAAUAAGUAUGUACAAAUGAAGUUAUUUAGUUAUCCUAUGUUUGGAAGUUUAGUUAAUCUAUUUUGUGUAGCAAUACGCACAUUAUUCUCAAUAUUCAAAGGCAAUAAAACUUUUAUUUUGCUAUCCUUA